CGGAGCCUCUGAGGUGUGAUUUGAACACUGAAGCAGAUCUCAGAUCUCAGAGUGAAGGCAGCCUUUUGUUGUGCAGUUUGAGCCUUUCAAAUUAAAAAUGGCUUUCUUCAAAAAGUUCUUUAAUAACAUCGUUCACGACCGCGGCUCGAAGGAUGCCACCGUCACCGUGAAGGACAAACCGAAGCCUACAUAUUACGGGACAGUAACUCCGUAUCCUAACUUCAAUGCCAGCAGUGAUGUUUCUGUCCUUCGGAGUGCCAUAGAAAGUAAAAGAGUGGACGAGGACGUGAUUGUCGCCGUCUUGGUGAAAAGGAGCAACGAGCAAAGACAAAUGAUCAAAGCUGUUUAUGAAUCAAACACUGGGAAGAACCUGGUCAAGUCUCUGAAGUCGGUCCUCCAUUCUCAUUUAGAAGACGUGGCGAUGGCCCUGCUCAUGGUGCCUGCUCAGUUUGAUGCUUACCUGCUCCGAAAAGCCACCAAGCAGGGUCUGGGCACRGAUGAAGAGGUUCUGGUGGAGGUUCUGGCAACGAGGUCCAACAAAGAGAUUGAAGAGAUUAAAAAAGUCUUCAGACAAGAGUACGGCACAGAGCUGGAGAAGGUCAUCAAGGAUGAGACCAGUGGAGACUUCACCAAUGCCCUGCUGGCCAUGCUGAGAGCCCAGAAGAAUGAGACGACCGACGUAGACGUGGAACUGGCCAAAAAGGAUGCCAAGGUUUUGUUUGAAUCGGGCGAGCAGACACACAAAAUCAACGUGUCCACCUUCAUAGAGAUCCUGACCACACGCAGCGGCCCUCAGCUCUCCAAAACCUUCCAGCAGUACGCCACCAUGAGUGACCGAACGCUACCUAAAGCUCUGCAGAUGGAGCUGAGGGGGGACAUUGAAGACUGCCUCAUCAGUAUCGUGAAAUGUGCCUGGAACACUCCAGCUUUCUUUGCAGAGAAGCUCAAUAAAUCCAUGAAGGGUCUUGGCACUCGUGACCACAUGCUGAUCCGGGUCCUGGUGAGCCGCUCCGAGGUGGACCUGAAGAAGGUGAUCGAGGAAUACAGGGCCAUGUUUGGAAGAAGCUUGCAGGAAGACAUUCUGGCCGACACGAAGGGACAUUACCAGAAAGUUCUGCUCGGCCUGUGUGGACCUCACUGAAAAUCUGCUUUCAUCAAAGUUUAAAACUGACUUUGGCUCAAACUUCUGAUGUGGUUUAUGUUAGAAACAAAUCCAUGUAAUCUAAAACUGUUUUCUUUAGGUGGUUGAGUGUUUUUCACAGCUAACUAUUGUAAAAGAUGUUAAAAUUAAAUGAAAUAAAAGAUAAUGAAUUUUUUUUGAACAACUCGAUGUGUAGUGGGGGGAAAAGUAUCUAUUGGAAAUCUUUUUAUUAGACAAGUUUCUGAUCAUGGAAUAAAACUAAAAUGUGAUUCCUAAACAUA